AUGGGUGCGGGAGCGUUCAUAGAACCGCUCGUCGUAGUCACACUACUCUUCGGAGGCACAUGGGUGAACCGAAACUCAGAUUACCACCUGCUCGGCCGUAGGAGAGUAUACCAGAACUCGCCGCGCUCGUCGUCACCUGCUUCUUCAGAAUCCUCCUCUGGUCGUUCGAGCCCAUCAUCCAGCUCAAGUCUUUUAGCAAAUAAUGAUGAGGUGCCGAAAUGGCGGAUGAGGGAGAUACGGGUGCUGGGCUUGAGGAAGGAGGUUAUGAGCCCGAAUACAAAGAGGUUCCAGGACUACUUUUUGAGUAGGCUGUUGAGGAAAUUCCCAUUCUUGGUGGAAGCCUGGUAUUGGGCGUUGAUUUACUGGGUAUACCAGCUCGGUCGCGCAUUCACCGCCGUAACAAUGGUCGAAGGCACCGUCAACGUCGCUCGCCGCCACGCUCUCCAAGUCAUCCACCUCGAGCAACGGCUCCACAUGUUCCACGAGCUUGAUGUGCAGCAUUGGUUCCUCAAACAUCCCUUCUUGAUGCACUGGACCAAUCGCAUAUACUCUUUUAUCCAUAUCCCCGGCACCAUCCUGUUCCUUGUCUGGCUGUUUUACUACACCACGGCGCAAAACCGGAUUGACCUCCCCCUACACAACAAGACCAAGGGGGAAGCGGAUGCGAGUUCUGCUGGGCCAAAGUUGUAUGCGGCAAGGAGACGAACAAUGGCUAUGUGUAACCUCAUCGCUUUUGUCGUCUUCACCUUGUGGCCAUGCAUGCCACCCCGCCUACUCUCCGACCCCAAUAUCUCCGGCUCCAUCGGAAAGGAAGCUCGUAGCUAUGGCUUCGUGGACACUGUGCAUGGCGCGGAAGGCGAAAGCAGUGUAUGGACACAGAACAAGUUCUGUAAUCAGUACGCCGCUAUGCCGUCUCUGCAUUUCGGUUACUCCCUCCUUAUUGGUCUCACUAUCAUGUCGAUACCGCUGGCGCCUCAGCACCGUCGCUCCCGCACUAUUCCCCUUACUAUGGGUCUGCGCAUACGGAUUCCUUCUCCUCGCCGCCUGCUGUGCAUUUUCCUCGGUGUCGCAUACCCCUCCAUCAUCCUCAUGGCCAUCGUUGCAACUGCGAACCAUUUCACCCUAGAUGCUGUAGCCGGUGCCAUGGUCUGCGGUUUAGCGUGGACGGGCAACCGCGUGUUGUUGAAUUUGCUGCCCCUUGAGGAUUAUUUCCUGUGGCUUGUGCGGAUCCACAAGCCUGAACGACGUGGUGCAUCGUUCGACCCAGAUGAGGAUACUUGUAGACACGGGAGGUUUGGCGUGAAGGGAGUCAUUGUGGACUGA